ACCUCUUUGCUAGUCCUGAAGAAAAAGAGAACCAGCACAACCAUGAGAAGUCGCGGGAAUGGAUCAUUAGAUAUGUUUAAUUAGUAGUAUAAUCAAUUAAAAAAUGGAUCAAAGAAGGAGUUUUCUUGGGGACACCUCUACAAAUGCUACGGAUGCAAGUUUCUCUUUCAAUGGGGGGAUUAGAUCGCAGUUUGACAGCAGAGAGGUUUCCUCAUUACGAGGUGAUGACAAAAGAAAGCACUCUGAAAGACGAAGUCUUAAUAUACAAAAAUCCUUACAGAUUCUUGAUGACAGCGUCUCAUCACCGUCCCUACGGUCAAGGACGGGAGGUCUACGACGGGCGUCUUAUGCUCCAAAAUCUCUCACACCAAGCUCCAAAUAUGACACCUCUGUACAGUUUACUCCAUCAAGGACGCAACAGUUCUCACAGAAUGAGUCACAAAUUGGGAGACAAAUGGCAAGUUCUACGAUGUAUGGGCAGUCCAUGCUAACAAACAUGGGAGAAGAAUUUACAGAAGAAAUCACAACAACAAAUGUAGCUCUGCUUCUAGAUGAGGAUCCAGGAAUAUCUGCUUGUCGUGGGAUGUACCGAGACUUCCUGCAGUGUAUGAAGGACCGACCCUCGGAGACCCAGGUGUUUGAUUUGUUGUCCGACUACGAGCGGGUAUGUCAGGAACAGGUGGUCUACAUGUAUAAGCUUGUCAACAGGGCCGCCAGCCGCAGCGAACCCAAAUACCAGAAAACAUUUAACAUGCUUCACAUGCUAGAAAUGGAGAAACAUACAUGGCAGCUGAUAAAUGUUUUGUUUCAUGAUCGCUUGGAGAAAGAGUUACAGGACAUGCAGAUGGCUGUAGAUGAUAUUAGUCCUCUGACCAGCAUGAAGCAGAGUGAACAGCAGGCAGUCACCAAGCUGUUCGAUAAAGACAGCACCAUCAGGGAGAGUCAGUUGGUGAUAGACUGGUUAGAGAAAUGUGCCCAUGACGUGAUGGAUAACUAUGGAGACAAUGUGAAAUUCUUCUCAGACUGGGCAGUUGCAUGGGAGAAUACACUUCACAAACUGAAGAAGUCAGGAGGGGUGACGUAUGGAAAUGAGAGACCCCUGGUCACUGAAAUGGACCCAGAUGCCCCGUUCCGUCAGAAGAAGAUGCUGGAUGACCUAGAUCAGGAGGAUGAGGGGCGGCUUCUACAGUACUUGUUCAUCUGUCUGCGAGCUGGACAGAUAGAGAAGGCCCAGGAAGUGUGCAAGAGCCACGGUCAGGCCUGGAGAGCCGCUACCCUGGAGGGGUGGAGACUGUACCAUGACCCAAACUUUGAGGGACCCAAUGGACAGAUUGACCCUGUGGUGGGGAACCCGUACCGAGUGGUCUGGAAGAGCAUGUGUUGGGCCAUGGCCUCUGAUACAAAGUACGAUGUGUAUGAGAAGAGUCUGUACGGUGCUCUGAGUGGGAACCUGCGGGCGAUGUUACCCGUCUGUAAGUCAUGGUCGGACCACGUGUGGGCCCAUUACAAGGUCCUGGUGGACAUCCGGGCCGAGACGGAGAUCAGGACCAUGUGUGCAGUGGACAAAAGUCUGGACAUUUCUCAGGAGUACUGGGAUCAACCGUCUGACCCAGAAUCCAUCUUUAAUCGCAUCGAAGCCAAUGAGAAUGUUCAGAGAGAGUCUCAAGAUUUCUACCAUGUGAUCCAGAAGUGGGUCAUUCUAGGUGAUGUGGAAAAACUUCUAGAUGUGAUGGCCCAAUGGAUAAGAGGACAGGAAAACACCUUACCGCAGCAUUUAAUCCGCUUCAUGGCUCAUGUGGUACUAUUCCUCAGAAGCACGCAGCAUCGAGUGAAUGAGGAUAAGUGUAAUGUGGUAUUGGAGGCCUAUGUUAAAUAUCUGAUAGAGGAGGACCACAAGGAACUGGUCUCCUUCUACGUGUCCAAACUACCGCCUGCCGCACAGGUUCACUGGUACGCACUCUUCCUGGAAGGAAUCACGGAUGUGGAUGAGAAGCAGAUGUGUCUCCAGCUGGCGGAGGAGGUGUGUCUGGAUAUCCCACAAAUCACCAAGACCGUGGUGGAGAACAUCCGCAACAAGAGUGGCGGAGGGCUGGCAGCGGGGGAGGGGCUUAGUCUGGAUGUCACGGUGACAGAGGAGGACAAGACGAAGAUUGCAGCCAUUGAUUGGCUGGUGUUUGAUACAGCUCAGAGGGCUGAGGCAAUGAAACAGGCCAACGCUGUCAUGCGGACUUUCAUUGCUGUUCAGAAAUUGACAGCCGCCAGAGAAGUGUUCAACAAACUGCCAGUAGAUUCAAUAGACAUCAUCUACAGAAACUGGCAUCUACAGACUGGAACAGAUGAGCUUUCAGCAGAUGAUGAGAAUGCCAUUCGUGAAUACCUGUGUACAAAGGCCUACCUGGAUGCCAUGGAUGGUUUCAAUGAAUGGUUCAACAAGUUCCACCACACAAAGCCGGCGGAACCAUCAGCUCCCCAUGCUGCAUCCUUCACAGAGAAAGUGGCGUUCGAGCACCGCCUGAAGCAGUACGACCAGGAACUGGAGCGGUGGCAGCGCGGCCUUCUGGCUCAAACUGAGAACACAACCAAACUGAUAUACAAUGUCCUGUUGUUUGCCAAUGGAGGAUGGAUGGUUGACCAGAGAGAGGACGACUCAGACUCUGGUAGGAAGCAGCAGCUGGAAUCGUUACGACAGCUGACGAUCCCGCGACUGUGUUUCCUGUUACACGACAUUCUGCACAAGACGGAGCAGUAUGGGGCGUGUCUACAGAUCGCUGACCACGUGGCGUCCGAGCAGUUCACACUGUACAAGGUUUUCCGCCAGGACGAGUUGCAGCAUCUGCUUCAUCUAUUGCGGGAAUCUUCUGUGGCUGUUCUGAAUCAGAACAAAGACCCACUGGGCUACGAAAUAGAAUGAGCCACGUGGGCAGUGACAUGAAAUAGACUGGGAAAUAUGCAUUGGGAGUAUGUUGUCAUUCAAUCAUGGAUCAUUAGUGUUUUGUAACAUAAACUGAGAGGAGGAAGGCCAUAAGUGUGUUGUCAAGUUAUAGUUUUGAUACAUGAAUGUAAGAAAAUAAAACAGGUUAAAACAUAA